CACGAAACAGAAAACACUCUGUCAGUCUCGUUUACAUGUUUGGUACGUUCAGACAAUUAAUCUGUUCGUAUAAUAUUGAAUCGUUGAAACGAUCGACAGAGAUAGUGAAGAGUUAAUUUUACGAGUAUGUCUGCGAAAGGUUCGUUACACUUAUCAGAGUUUCAGAAGAACGAAGACUCGAAAAUUAUUUCCGGAGAAAUUCCAUAUUACAGUGCACUCAGGAGGUAUUUGAUACUCGUAGGACAACAUCCAGAUCAAACGAGCCUUAUUCGCAAUUCUGUCCUCUAUUUCUAUUUAUUUAAUUUAGUGAGCUUGUUGGUGCCAACUUUUAUAAAAAUCACCACUGCGUCCCGCGAUAAAGACACGGAUGGGAUCCUGGAAUGUGUACCGGUCGUGGUUACAAUAGGGAUUGCAUCGACAAAGAUCGUAAACCUUAACGCCAACAGAGAACAAUUUCGAGCAAUGUACGACCUUGUGGUUAAGGAGUGGCAGUCAUUGAGGCAAACGGAUGAACUUUAUGUGUUAGAUAAGGUUUCUGGUAAAGGAAAUACGGUUGCUCUACUGUAUAGAAGGACUUUAUUAACGUUCGGAUCAACUUUCAUCGUGCUACCAAUAAUGCCUAUAUUUCUUGAUGUCAUUCUACCAUUGAAUGAGACUCGAUCGAAAAUCCAACUUUUUAGACUCGAUUACUUAGUAGACGAUAACGAGUAUUUCUUUCCCAUAUAUAUGCACGCGAUGUUGGCCGCGGUUACGGUGGUUAUAAUUAUUUUAGCCGUAGAUUCCUUCUACAUGCUUCUAAGUCACCAUGCUUGUGGAUUAUUCGCGAUAUGCGGGUUCCAGAUCAAACGAGCUACAAAAACUAACUCUGAAGACAUUCAUAGCAUCUCCGAUGAGAGGGUCAUAUAUCGGCAGUUUAGGAAGUGCGCGAUGAGCCACAAGAAAGCAAUCCACUUCUACGAACUCCUCGAAAAUAUGAAUCGAAAAAGUUUCUUGUUACAAAUUGGGUUCAUCAUGAUCGGUAUCAGCGUGACAGCUGUUCAAACGAUGAUGAACAUAGACAAUAAAUCCGAAGCACUCAGAAUUGCCCUCUUCCUUGGGGGACAACAGUUUCACUUGUUCUUCACCUGUCUGCCAGGGCAAAGGCUCGUGGAUCACAGUUUGCAACUAGGAGAGGAUCUGUAUACUUCUGAAUGGUACCAGACACCGGUGAGAAUACAAAAACUACUAAUCAUUAUGCAAAUGAGGUCUGGCAUACCGUGUACUCUGUCUGCGGGCGGCAUGUAUAACUUGAACAUAGAAAACUAUGGAAUUAUUUUCAAAACGUGCAUGUCGUAUUUUACGAUGCUGAUGUCACUGAGGGAAUAGCUCGUCGUGACUACUGGAAUGCAUCUACGCGUAAUGGUUCAGACGAGUUAAAUAUUGCAUCCAUGCGUCUCUUUCGUAGUGUAGUUAUAUAGCCUAUAGUAAAUUUAUGAUCCAGAAGUAAUUUUAAUGACACUCUUAAUAACAUUCUUUAAUAACACUGUUUAAUGAUAUUCUUGGUG